AUGACUGUGUCCUACACUCUUCGUGUGGCCAAUGCCCGCUUUGGGGGCUUCUCAGCACUCCUGUUCCGCUGGCGGGGGAGCAUUUACAAGUUGCUAUACAAGGAGCUACUGGUGUUCCUGGGUCUCUAUGGGAUUCUCAGCCUCACCUAUCGGAUUCUGCUAUCCCCGGAACAGAAGCGCAUCUAUGCUCAAGUGGCUCGGUACUGCAACCGCUCUGCGGACCUCAUCCCUAUGUCGUUCGUUCUGGGUUUCUACGUGACUCAGGUGGUGAAUCGUUGGUGGGCCCAGUACAGGAGCAUCCCGUUGCCAGACCGCCUCAUGUGCGUGGUGACAGCCACAGUGCACGGGGACGACGAGCGCGGACGCACUCUGCGCCGGACUUUGCUGCGCUACGCCAACCUGUCUUCAGUGCUGGUGCUGCGCUCGGUCAGCACGCGAGUGCUCCGGCGCUUCCCCACCAUAGAACACGUAGUGGAAGCAGGCUUCAUGUCCCAGGAGGAGAAGCAGAAAUUUGAGAGCCUGCACUCCGACUUCAACAAAUACUGGGUUCCUUGUGUCUGGUUCACCAACUUGGCUGCCCAGGCUCGAAGAGAGGGCCGGGUCCGGGAUGACAUUGCCUUUGGGCUUCUCUUGGAGGAGCUGAACCAAUACAGAGGCAAGUGCAGCCUCCUCUUCCACUAUGACUGGAUCAGCUUCCCCCUGGUCUACACUCAGGUGGUGACCAUUGCUGUCUAUUCCUUCUUUGCUUUUUGUAUCAUUGGACGUCAGUUCCUGGAGGAUCCUAAGCCCCCCUUGAAAGGCCAAGAGGGGCCCCUGGGGGAUCUGGAUCUGUAUGUGCCACUCACCACCCUUCUACAAUUCUUCUUCUAUGCUGGCUGGCUUAAGGUGGCUGAACAAAUCAUCAACCCUUUUGGGGAGGAUGAUGAUGACUUUGAAACCAACCAGCUCAUUGAUAGAAACCUGCAGGUGUCACUGCUGUCUGUGGAUGACAUGUAUGGGGACUUGCCCCCUAUGGGCCGGGACCGCUACUGGGGCGAAGCAGCUGCUCAACCCCCCUACACUGUGGCUUCGGCGGCCGACAGCCUGCGACCCUCUUUCAUGGGUUCCACUUUUAACCUGCGUAUGUCGGAGGAGCUGGCGCAGUCAGAGGCGGAGAUGGAGAAAGAGGCUGGGGCUCUCUCGAGGUCUUCUAGUCCGGCGUGGGCACGGACGCCGCUGCUCGGCCGCUUCCUGGGAGCCUCCGCCCCGUCUCCGGCCAUCAGCCUGCGGGUCCCGCGCACCCCUCUGAUGCCGUCCCGCCUCCAGACCGCCCAGGCAGCCACACCGGUCCCGGGACGUAUGCGCCUGGGCCGGCUCCUGCCUGUGCCGGCAGCCCGCAUAGACGAGGAGGCUCCGGAGGCCCCAAGUCCGGACGCGGGCUCCCAGGAGGAGGAGGAAGAGGAGAAGGUCGCUCCUAGCAGUGAGGCCAGGCCCACCCCUUAG